GUGAGGAGAGUCGCGAACAUCUCCAGGCGCAGCUGGGCCGGCGGUUCCCGCAGCCCGGGAGCCCGACGUGCGCAGAAUCGCUCUCGGAGCUCCUUUCCCAGAGACCUCUCAUCCUUCUCCCGGGCCGGGCCGCUCCCAGAGCGGCCCCUGCGGCUCCUGGCACGGCCCCGCGCUCGGCUGCCGCCCUGGCGCGCGCCACUCUGUCGUCCCCGGAGGGGCGCGGACCGGCUCGGCCCGGGCGCCGGCGGCUGGGGAGGGGGCGCUGGCCCCGGGGCCGCGCAUGCGCCGCCACCAGUCUGGGGCUGUCAGUGGAGGGCGAGUGCUGGCUCCGAGGGGAGGCGACGCCCUUCGGGGCCAACGGACCGCACGCUGAGGCGGCCGUGGGAACUACUCAUCCCUUUUCCAGCCCCGGGGCGGGGCUGGGGUCGGGGUCGGGGCUGGUGGGGGCCCCGCCCCCGUCUCCUGGCCUGCCCCCUUCAUGGGCAGCGAUGAUGGCGGCCCUGUACCCGAGCACGGAUCUCUCGGGCGCCUCCUCCUCCUUACCUUCCUCCCCAUCUUCCUCUUCGUCGCCGAACGAGGUGAUGGCGCUGAAGGAUGUGCGGGAGGUGAAGGAGGAGAACACCCUGAAUGAGAAGCUUUUCUUGCUGGCGUGCGACAAGGGUGACUAUUAUAUGGUUAAAAAGAUUUUGGAGGAGAACAGUUCAGGUGACUUGAACAUAAAUUGCGUAGAUGUGCUUGGGAGAAAUGCUGUUACCAUAACUAUUGAAAACGAAAACUUGGAUAUACUGCAGCUUCUUUUGGACUACGGUUGUCAGUCCGCAGAUGCACUUUUGGUGGCAAUCGACUCUGAAGUAGUGGGAGCUGUUGAUAUACUACUUAAUCAUCGACCAAAACGAUCAUCAAGACCAACUAUAGUAAAACUAAUGGAGCGAAUUCAGAAUCCUGAGUAUUCAACAACUAUGGACGUUGCGCCUGUCAUUUUAGCUGCUCAUCGUAACAACUAUGAAAUUCUUACAAUGCUGUUAAAACAGGAUGUAUCUCUACCCAAGCCCCAUGCAGUUGGCUGUGAAUGCACAUUGUGUUCUGCAAAAAACAAAAAGGACAGCCUCCGACAUUCCAGGUUUCGUCUUGAUAUAUAUCGCUGUUUGGCCAGUCCAGCUCUAAUAAUGUUAACAGAGGAGGAUCCAAUUCUGAGAGCAUUUGAACUUAGUGCUGAUUUAAAAGAAUUAAGCCUUGUGGAGGUGGAAUUCAGGAAUGAUUAUGAGGAACUAGCCCGACAGUGUAAAAUGUUUGCUAAAGAUUUGCUUGCACAAGCCCGGAAUUCACGAGAAUUGGAAGUUAUCCUAAACCAUACAUCUAGUGAUGAGCCUCUUGACAAACGGGGAUUACUAGAAGAAAGAAUGAAUUUAAGUCGUCUAAAACUUGCUAUCAAAUAUAACCAAAAGGAGUUUGUCUCACAGUCUAACUGCCAGCAAUUCCUGAACACUGUUUGGUUUGGACAGAUGUCCGGUUACCGACGUAAGCCCACCUGUAAGAAGAUAAUGACUGUUUUGACAGUUGGCAUCUUUUGGCCAGUUUUGUCACUUUGUUAUUUGAUAGCUCCCAAAUCUCAGUUUGGCAGAAUCAUUCACACUCCUUUUAUGAAAUUUAUUAUUCAUGGAGCAUCAUAUUUCACAUUCCUGCUGUUACUAAACCUCUACUCUCUUGUAUACAAUGAGGAUAAGAAAAACACGAUGGGGCCAGCCCUUGAAAGAAUAGACUAUCUACUUAUACUGUGGAUUAUUGAGAGAGAGCGCACAAGCAGGGGAGCAGCAGGCAGAGGGUUUCAUGAUUUUGCUGAUCGGAAGGACUGGGACGCAUUCCAUCCUACUCUGGUGGCAGAAGGGCUUUUUGCAUUUGCAAAUGUUCUAAGUUAUCUUCGUCUCUUUUUUAUGUAUACAACAAGCUCCAUAUUGGGUCCAUUACAGAUUUCAAUGGGACAGAUGUUACAAGAUUUUGGAAAAUUUCUUGGGAUGUUCCUUCUUGUUUUGUUUUCUUUCACAAUUGGACUGACACAACUGUAUGAUAAAGGCUAUACCCCAAAAGAACAGAAGGACUGUGUAGGCAUCUUCUGUGAACAACAAAGCAAUGAUACCUUCCAUUCGUUCAUUGGCACUUGCUUUGCUUUGUUCUGGUAUAUUUUCUCCUUAGCACAUGUGGCAAUCUUUGUCACAAGAUUUAGUUACGGAGAAGAAUUGCAGUCCUUUGUUGGAGCUGUUAUUGUUGGGACAUACAAUGUCGUGGUUGUGAUUGUGCUUACCAAGCUGCUGGUGGCAAUGCUUCAUAAAAGCUUUCAGUUGAUAGCAAAUCAUGAAGACAAAGAAUGGAAGUUUGCUCGAGCAAAGUUAUGGCUUAGCUACUUUGAUGACAAAUGUACAUUACCCCCACCUUUCAACAUCAUUCCUUCACCAAAGACUAUUUGCUAUAUGAUCAGUAGCCUCAGUAAGUGGAUUUGCUCUCAUACAUCAAAAGGCAAGGUUAAACGGCAAAACAGUUUAAAGGAAUGGAGAAAUCUGAAACAAAAGAGGGAUGAGAACUACCAAAAAGUGAUGUGCUGCUUGGUGCAUCGUUACCUGACAUCCAUGAGGCAGAAGAUGCAAAGUACAGAUCAGGCAACCGUGGAAAACCUAAAUGAACUACGCCAAGAUCUGUCAAAAUUCAGAAAUGAAAUAAGGGAUUUACUUGGCUUUCGGACUUCUAAAUAUGCUAUGUUUUAUCCAAGAAAUUAACCAUUUUCUAAACCAUGGAGAGAAUAGUUUUCAGUAAUAUACCUGAAAGACUGCAUUUGCAUAAUUUGCGAUUAAAUCACUAAGAUACCUAUUGAAAUUAAAGUGAAGAAUUAUGUAAAAGCCAUUCUUUAAAAUAUUUAUAGCAUAAAUAUAUUAUGUAAAAUAUGUAUAUAGAAUUAGUUUUUUAAAAUCCUCUGUUAGUAGCUUUUUGCAGGAGCAAAACAGACUAAGUAGAUAGGUUUUCUUAGCAUGCUGCUUGGGUUUCUUACUUGAACAGUGCUUUAAUUCUUUUUAUGUUGAAGAAAGGCAGUUGUAAUUGUACACAUUGCCAGAAGGUUUUGUAAAAUGAAGAUCAGCAGAUGUGGGCUGAUCUCCAUCCAUAGGACACACCUGAAAUGUAGUAAGUCAUGGUUUUUAAAAUCUCUGUUUUAGGAGUUAACAUAUAGUUCAGUAUUUAUUGUUCAGGAGUAUAGUUUUAUCUAAAAUAAUAGUCUAUUAUUUUUAUUUUGUUAUAAUCCUAUGUAACAAAGGAAAACCUCUAAUGGAUGUUUGAAUCUAUUUAUGUCUCUAUAAAUUUCAAUUCACUUCAGUUUUUGUUAUUGUAAUAUAUUUACUUUUACAUGGUUGUAAUCACUUUAUAUUUUUUAUUUUGUUUUUUUUCACUUAAUAGUAUUUUACAUAUACAUUUCCAUGUACUGAUAUAGUCCACAUAUUUAAAUUUUUAUAGAAUUACAUAUAGUUUUUGAAAAAUAUAGUUAGUAGACUUUUCAUUUUAUAGCAAUCGAGUAUUUGAGUAUGUUUAUAGGUUUGCACUGGUAUUUCACUAAGGUUAGGCAUUUGGUGGCUUUUAAUUUUUCUUUAUCAUAAUAGUGCUAUAAUCUUUUUCAGGUUGGAGUGACUGUUCAUAGUUACAAAGCUAACCCAAAAUAAGGAUUUAGAAGAUACUUUACCUUAUGUGGUCACAACCUGUUUUGUUUUUGUAAACACUGGAAGACCUUUAAAGGCAAGGAUUUAUUUUAUACUUGGACUAAGGUUCUUGAACUAAUCCCCCAAAGUAUUUUCCACAGAAUUUAACAUAGCUUCUAUAAAAGUGACUUCUUGCUUAUUUGUGGAUCAUUCUUGCUGCUUAAGAUGAAAAACCUUGAUUUUUUUAAAAUUGGAAAAUAAAAUAUGUAUUUAAAUGUUUUUCCUGUGUUCAUGUAAGGGAUGUAGUUUAAAAAGUUUCACAGGCUAUUGCUUAUGUUUUCUUGCAGCAUUUCUAGUUAAGAGGUUAUUAGGUAUAUGAUUAUCUUCUUAACUGAAUUUCAGAUGGUCUUAAGGCCAUAGGGUGCAGGUAACCCUUGGUCCCUAAGCACCACUGAUCCAGGGUUCAUUGGCUAAAUAUAUUAGUAUUGUGUUUCAUCUUGCUUUUUACUCUUUAUUUUUUAAUUUCCAAAUUGUAAGUGUUCCCUUUUUGGGGAAAAUUCUUAUAAAAAUGUUUAUUGUAAAGUUAUAUAUUUUGUCUACAAUGGGAUUAUGCACUUCCCAAUGGGAUUUUACAUCAGGAUUUUUAGUCAUUCUAAAAAAUACCUAAUUAUUAAAUCAAAAUAUUUAUAGAGUGCCUACUGUAUGCAUGAGUUACUUAUGAGGUAUAUUUUGAAUGACAGCAUAUUGUAAGAAAAAAAGGUAAAUAAACUUGAUAUUAGAUUAUAAAUUGACAGAG